AUGGAGGGCAAUGUUGAAAAAGCAAAGGGGAAGGAUGAGAACAAAAAAGUAUGCAAUCCUGUGAUAAACAAGUUGAAAAAAAAAAAAAAAAAAAAGUUGGAAAAACAAAAAAAGUUGGAAAAACAAAAAAAGUUGGAAAAACAAAAAAAGUUGGAAAAACAAAAAAAGUUGGAAAAACAAAAAAAAUUGGAAAAAAAAAAAAAAUUGGAAAAAAAAAAAAAAAAAUUGGAGAAAAAAAAUGAAAUAUAUUCUGACAAAAGUGAUAGUGAUAAAAACGACGAAUUGAUUGUUAAUUUUGACCUAUUGGAUCCAGACGAUAUAUAUAAAGAUAACAUAAGAAUAUUGUUAAAAAAUUCAGAACUAUAUAAUAAUCUAAAAUGCUUUGAAAAGCUGAUACAUAUAAUAUGUGAACAACAAAACAUUGGAAAGGUUGUUUGCAUCUCAAACGGAAACGGAAACGGAAACGGAAACAAAAAUGGGGACGAAAACAACUUAAUCAGCUUUGCAACUAUCAUAAAUUUAAACCAAUAUAACGAAUUAAUAAGUUUAAAAGAUAUGUUUAUAAAUAAAAUUGAAAAGAUUAAUAAAAAUAUCGAAUUUGAAGAAGAUCGUAAACAAAUUAAAACGUUAUUCGAAAAAAAAAAUUUAAAUAUUGGUUUAUUAAUUAGCAAUAGAAUAAUAAAUUGUCCUAUACAUGUAAUUCCAUUAAUCCAUAAAAAUAUAGAUGAAGAUAUUAUAUGGUCUCAAAAUAUUGAAGAUAUGGAUAAAAAUGAAAAACAAUUUUAUUUUUAUGAUUAUAUUUUAUUUUAUACUAAAGCUUAUAAAAAUAUAAAUAAUCCUGAUCAAAUAAUUUUUUACAAUUUUGAAGAAGAACAUUUUUUUAAACAUAAAUUAUACUACUUAAUGUGGAAUAACAAUAAUAUUAAAAAAUUCUACGAAAUAGAAAAUGAAAAAAAUAAAGAAACGAAUUAUAAAGAAUUUAUUAUAUUUUUUAUUAUAACAUAUUCAAAAUAUCAACAAGUUUCGGAACAGCUUCAAAAUCUAAUUUCGACAUCUUAA